AUGGCCUUGGAAGAACGUCAUAAAGUUGGGUACUUGACUGAAGAGAUACCUAAGUCUAUACCAGAAGACCCUCAGGAGCGGAUUUGGAAAGGGGAAGACUCACUAUUGAGAUCUGUUCUGAUUAAUAGUAUGGAACCCCAGAUUGGUAGACCGUUACUCUAUGCUGCAAUUGCCAAAGGUAUUUGGGAUGCUGUUCAACAACUUUAUUCAAAGAGGCAUAAUGCAUCCCGGCUCUAUACGUUAUGGAAAGAGGCACAUGAAUGCAAGCAAGGAACUAUGGACGUAACGUUCUAUUUCAAUAAAAUGUUUCUUUUGUGGCAAGAGAUGGAUCUUUGUAAGGAGAUAGUAUGGAAAGUGCACAUGACGGAGCAUAGUAUGCAAAAAAAUAAAGAAGCUGACCGUAUCUAUGACUUCCUUGCUAGACUAAAUUCGAAGUUUGAUGCCAUUCGAAGUCGGAUUCUGGGGCAACGCCCUACCCCCUCUCUCAUGGAAGUUUGCUCAGAGAUACGUCUGGAGGAAGACAGAUCAAGUGCAAUAAAUAACCCAGUAAUUAUCUCUACAGAUGUUGCUGUUUAUGCCACUAAGUCUUCUAGCACUGACGGCGAUAAAAAGCCCACUCCUGUCUGUGAGCAUCAUAAAAAGCCAUGGCAUACAAAGAACCAGGGUUGGAAGCUACAUGGAUGGCCCCGAACAAUAAACGUCGCCAGUCACAUGACAAAUCAACCCCUGGACGUGUCCUUGUGA